AUGAUUGGUGGGGAGCGGGAGGAGAUCCAUGGUCUCAGGCCAGAUCAGGACAGCAAGGACAAUCCGGAGGUGGUUGGUAUGGAUGGGACAGCUACAUGUCCACCACUGCCACAACUCAGCCUCAACACUACCACAGCAACUCCUGCAACAGGACAGCUUCAGGAUUCGGUAAAGUGUGCAACUGGGACGAGCUCUCAGAUGCUUGGCGCUCCUCAGGCGCUUGGCGCUCCUGGGAUGAAGGACUGGCAGGGACAGGGCAUGGUACUCAGAUCCUCCAAGUUGGCCAGGGUGGCUGCUGCGAUGCGUAGGUGUGACCGCACGACAGAUGUGCCUUUGCAUCGCCGUGCCGAGAAGGUGCUCCGUGUUCUUGGCUGGGAUCUUCAGCCAGAUUUUGAGGACCUCCAGGAACACGAACUUGUGGCUCCAGGCUAUCUCACCGGGAUCCUCGACAUCAUCGACAGCAAGGCUGGUGUCCGGGAAGAUGAGGCCUUCAAGGCCGUAGUCGGUGCCUCCGCCUACGGCAUGAACAUCCGUGAACAUCCCCAGCGAGUUCAAGGCUCAUUGGAUUUGCUGAGUCAGCUCGACAACUUCCUGCAGCAUGACGCCGAUGAAGGCGAAUCUGGCGAAGAGGAAUCCGGUGAGGGUGACGAGAUCCUGGCCGCAGAACUGGAAGGACUCCAUUUGGACGAAGACCAGGCGAAAGAGGUCUUGGCCAUCUUGCAGACAGCCCUUCCAGAAGAAGAACACCAACCGGAGAAGGCUGAACAGGUCCAAGCCUUUGCCUAUGUGAAUACGGCUGAUCCAGCUGAGUCGUCCGGCUCUUUGGGCUCAGCUUUCUCCUUUGUGGCCAUCCCGCUCCAUCAGAUAGUUGCGCAAGUGUUGCAGGAAGAUUCUUUGUGUCCAUCUUUCCUGACCAUUCCAUCCGGAGAGGCCAUUCUGGACAUUGGUGCAACCCAAGAUUUGAUUGGGGCCGAAGCCGCCAAGGGCUUGAAGAAGAGAUUGGAGUGCUGUGGAUUGCAGGCGCUCGAAGUUGAUGUCCCUCCGAUGAUUCCGACGGGCAUCGGUGGACCAGGCAAAGUUCUUCAGACUCUGCUGGUUCCCAUCUCGCCAGGGGGAUCUCCUGGCAUCAUCACCAUGACCGUCUUCAAGGCGGACAUACCACCCUUGUUGAGUGUGGGCCUGCUGGAACAUUUGAAAGCACAGAUCGACUUGGAGAACAACAUCAUCCACUUUGAGGAGUUGGAUGUUCAGAUGCGGAUGGGAAAGCUUCCAUCAGGACAUAGGACUAUUCCCAUAGUGCAAUGGGCGGGAGAUGAGCAGAAGAGGUCCCCUGCGGCGUACGUGAAGGGAACGGCAGCAGCAGCCAGAGCCGUUCAAUUUGUCAGCAGUCAUGGCAGGUCUUGGCUGCUUCUCCUGAUGGCAGAGACGAGGGCCAAGAGCCUGAAGUCAGAGCGCCAGAUGGUCGACAAGAAAGCAAAGGCCAAGGCCAAGACGGUCUGCUCCAGAGCUCAGGAGGAGUCAGCCCCAAUCCUGACACAGGGCCCCAGCCGGAUGGGCACGAAGGGCGCGUCUUCAAGUGAGACUCCAACCAGUUCUCGCCUCGAGGACAUGUUCGCCCAGCUGAUCACAACCAUGUCAGCCCAGAGCUCACAGGUGGGCAAUGCUCUGGGACAGAUGGGGCAUGUGCUACAAGAACUCUCAACGGGUCAGGCCUUUCUUCUCCAGACCCUUCAAGACACUGCGAUCAACCAGCAGGGCUGCAUCAAGCGGGGGUGGAUCAGGAUGAAGCAUGAGGAGAGAAGAUGCGAAGCGGCUCUGCAGAGGCUGUGCUUCAACGUCCCCGGGAAGAACAGCAAGGUGGAUUUGGUGGAGGUUCACCCCUCCUCGAGUGGGUCCUGUCGCCAGAAGCUUGGAUUGAGGACCCAACAGCCAGUAUUCGACAAGAUUGGAGGUUGGGAUGCUCUCAAAGUAAGAGAUAGAAAGAUGCUCAGAGACUUCCGGAGAGAUGUCAAACCCCGGACGCUGAUUCUCUUUCGAAAGUGUCGUUUCUACUCUGUCGUGAUGAACCUGAACUGGGCAAAGAUGCACCCAGACACCAUUAAGAGGCUGGAGGUAAUGGCAGAAACCAUGUGGAACCUGUCGCUGGAGAUGGCAGAGGACCAGCCCAGUGAUGGGAAUUUCUUUGCCAUUGGGCAGCCAGCGUUUGCGAGGUCUUGGGAGCUCUCGCAGAGCAGCGCGCCUGGCAGCCCAUCUAUCAGUGGCCCCCAUCAUUUUCGACCAGUGUUUGUUUGGCUUGCAAGUGUCCGAAACGGGGGAGCUUUCUCAAAUGAGAAAGCGCCAGAAUUUUGA